AUGCAAAGUGCACAUUCAGAAGGUGGAGAAUAUGUUGUAGCGGGGAGAUACAAAGUUGAUGGAUAUAUUAAAGAAGAGGAUAGGGCAAUUGAGGUAAAUGGAUGUGUUUGGCAUGCAUGUGAAAAAUGCUUCGGAAAUGACUUGAACAAAAUUUUACCAAACGGAAAAACAGUGGGAGAAAUACGUGAAGAUGAUGGAAAUCGUUUGGAAAUUAUACGAAAAUAUAUAAAAAAUGUUGAUAUAAUAUGGGAAUGUGAUAUACAUAAGAUGCUUCGAAGAAACAAAAAUAUGCGAAAAUCAUUUGCAAAUUAUCAUGACAAAGGUCCAAUAAAAAUUAGAGACUGCUAUUUCGGUGGAAGGACAGGACCUUUACAAAUGUACUUUGACGCUGACGCAGAACAACAUAAAAUGGUUUAUUUAGACUUUAAUUCGCUGUAUCCAUCAACAAUUGCUACAACAUCAUUCCCGGUUGGGCAUCCGAAAAUUCAUGUUGUACCUUUGGCAGAACAGAAUGUUAAUUGGAAGAGUGGAGACCAAAUUCCAUUCAAAGGAAUUUUGAAAGUAUUUUUAGUACCGCCAUCAUCAUUGAAUGUUCCUGUUAUUCCAGUCAAAUUUGAUGAAAGAUUACUUUUUCCUCUCUGCAGAAAAUGCGCACUUGCCUACCCGAAUGGAGCAAACAUAAAAAAAUACCAAUGUCCUCACAAUGAUGAAGAGAGAGGGUGGGUCUCAACAUGUACUUCAAUAGAAUUAGAAGAAGCUUUAAAAGUUGGUUAUACAGUUACAAAAUUCUAUAGAGCACUUCAUUAUGAAAAAUGGGAUGAAAAUUUAUUUAAAAAUUAUGUGGCAGAAUUUAUGGCAAUGAAGAUUCAUGCGAGUGGUUUCCCUGAAGGUAUAGAAGGAAAAGAAAAUGAGGAUACAUUUAUUAAAGAAUGCUAUGCGCUACAUAUCAAAAUUAAUGCUUAAUUCUCUAUGGGGAAGGUUCAGUUUAAGAAAUGG